GGAACGAGAGAUGGCGCUUUCCCUUGAACUUUUCCCUUCGGUGUGAAUGUUUCAUUUUUUUUAGUGGACUUUUAGAGUAGAUACUCGGUCAUCUAUGGCUGGCUAUAUCGAACGCGAUGAAUGCUGUCUGUUUGUUGGAAACCUUGACUCCCGAGUCACAGAGGAAAUACUAUGGGAACUGUUCUUGCAGGUGAGAAUCUAUUACCAGCCUGGCUCUGGUCUAACGACAGUCAGCGAAGAGGGCUCCGUUAAAAUAAUUUUUCUGCUUCACCUAUGAUAACCCUGUCUCGAAGUACCUGCAAUGAAGGAUUUUACGACUAUUAUAACUCGGGUUUUGUUACGAGGACUUAUAAAUCUUUGUCAUGAUGACGUCUUAAUCUAUCGCCACAUGUGGUAUCUCAAAUUAUUAUUGUUAUGGUCAUAUACCAAAACCCGAAAUAACAGAACGAAACCAGUGAAAUGAAACCACCGAAAGUAACCAAACAAAAUACCGAAAAACGGUAGAAAGAAGAGAGAAGAAAAAAACAUAGUACUGAAACGUUGGUUUUCUUGACGACAAGGAAAGUAGGUGAAAAGCAGACUACAUUCGGUUUGUAACUCGAGUUACAGGAUACCGUUGCUUUAGUCUAGAAUUAGACAGGCAAAUUAAUGUAAAGUUGGUUUACCUUGAUUUUCAAAUGAAGCAAUUAUCAUUCAUAUGUUCACUCACAUAUGUCCACAUUAUGCGUCUAUGCACAUGAAGCCUCGGCCAGAGAACGCAAGUGAUUUCCGUCAGUUGCCAGUGAGUGUAACUGCUCCCAUUUCCAGCUCCCUAGCCUUCAUUUCCCUUUCUACAGUUCUUCUCAAAGUUUCAUUGGGUGGAGCCACUCAUUCUUCCAAUGGGAGGUGGGUGAUUGUGGGUAGGGUAAGUAUUAAAACGUGGAACGACCUAAAACCACCUAAAACCACCUAAAACCACCUACAACCAUCUACAACCACCUCAAAAGUUUCAAAAACGACCUACAACCACCUCAAAAAAAUCUACAGCCACUCGCAAACUAUCUAAAACCAUCUAAAACAAGGCAUAAAUGUCUUAAAUAAGGCGAAACGACAAUAUGUCACUAACAUGAAAUAUGAGAAUCGAAUGAAACCUCCACCUCCCCCUGAAAUCUUACUCUCCCUGGUCCCAUGUAUAAUCAACCAUCUCAUGAAAUGAAAUGCGUGAGCAUGUCAAUUAUAUUUUUUAUUACUUCAGUGGUAAAAGACCUAAAGAACUUUACAAAAUGAACUAUCAAGUUACAAAAAGUAAUAGAGUAAAAUGACAAACUUGUAGUCAAGACUGACUUGACUUGGCUUUUUCUACCCUGGGUACCAGCAGAUGUUUUGGCUCACAUCUAGAAAAAGUAUGAGUUAGAAUGAUCAUUAGAAAUAUUUCAAGCAAACUGUGCGAACAUUUGGAAUCUUCCUUUGGCACAAACGCCAUCAUGCUGGUAUUCAUACAGCAUGCAGUUGUGCCACUUAUGCAAUGGUGCCACUUAUGCAAUAGUGACUCACAUUUUGCUCCAAUUACAUUUCCAUUGUUGAGAUUAUAAAUGGAGAAAAACACUACCUUAGACCAUUACAUAAUCAAAUGAAAUGUGAGCCAAAACAUCUGCUAGUAAAGUUCUUCAGGUCUUUUACUACUGAGGUAAUAAAAAAUAUAAUUAGCAUGCUCUCACAUUUCAUUUCGUGAGAUGAUUGAUUAUACAUGGGACCAGGGAGAGUAAAAUUUCAGGGGGAGGUGGAGGUUUCAUUCGAUUCUCGUAUUGCAUGUACGUGACAUGUUGUCAUUUCGCCUUAUUUAAGACAUUUAUGCCUUGUUUUAGGUGGUUUUAGAAAGUUUGCGAGUGGCUGUGGAUGUUUUUGAGGUGGUUGUAGGUCGUUGUUGAAAUUUUUGAGGUGGUUGUAGAUGGUUGUAGGUGGUUGUAGGUGGUUUUAGGUCGUUUCAUGUUUUAGUACUUACCUUGUGGGUAGAGCUGACAGAGGCUGAUCCAUUGCAGUCUUAUUCUCUGGACCUAGUAGGUGAUGGGUUCUGUUCCUAUUUAUCUGUGCUGCUCAUUGUUGGAGAAGGUUUAAGUCAAAAGAUGCAGAGAAUUCUUCACAGACAUCUGUUCUGGAAGACUUCUAGCUUGUGUCUGAUGGUCGUCAUCUUCCAGGAUUUUGCUCUCUAAAAGAGCCUCUUGAAGUAAUGUGAGGAAAACUGUAAAAACUAACCUCUCCACCACUAACCCAAAAAAAUCAGAGACCUUAGGGCUCCAACACAUACUUAACAACACCAGGCAAAACUUGAACAUGGUCCCAAGAGAAACUAGUAGUAAUACCAAGACAUUAUCAGUGGUCUUGACAUGCCACGCAGCAUCAAAGCUUGGGUGACCGACUUCCUGAUAAACCGGCAACAACGGGUAAAACUGUCGGCAGACUGUUUCUCUGAGUGGGGCCCAGUCUCAGCCGGGGUCCCACAGGGAACCAAACUCGGACCAUGGCUCUUUCUGCUCAUGAUCAACGAUCUCAAAGUUGACGCCCCAACGUGGAAGUAUGUAGAUGAUACUACCAUCUCUCAAACCAUACCUCGUGGCUCCCUGGGUGACAUACAACGCGUUGUUACUGCGGUGGACACCUGGUCCCAAUCCCAGCUGAUGCAACUUAACGCUGACAAGUGCAAAGAGUUAAUUAUUGACUUUAAAGAAAAUCCUCAUAACUUUUCUCCACUUGUAGUAGAUAGCAAAGCCCUUCCCGUCAUCGAUUGCGCCAAAAUCCUAGGUGUUACCAUAUCUAGUGAUCUCAAAUGGAACAAUCACGUCAUAGAUUGCAUUAAGAAGGCAAACAAGCGGAUAUAUUUCAUUGUUCUCCUGAAAAGGGCUCAUGUACCUUGUAAUGACAUUGUUGAUUUCUACUGUACAACAAUCAGAUCUGUUCUAGAAUAUUGCGCUCCCCUCUUCCAUCACGCGCUUCCCGCUUACCUCAGUGAGGAUAUAGAGAGAAUACAGAAAAGAGUUCUUUCCAUAAUUCUCCCAGAUAUGUCAUAUCAGGACUGCCUGGACAGACUAGGCCUGCCAACGCUAAAAGAGAGACGCAGUGAUCUAUGUAAACGACUCUUUGAUUCAAUCGCCAACAACUCGGGGCAUAAACUACACAACUUACUGCCUCCAAGAAAUGAACAAAGCUACUGCCUGCGACAUCAGAGAACAUAUAAUCUACCACGCUCGCGCACAGACUGCUUUAGACAGUCCUUUGUGUAUGCAAUGUCCAAAGAUGCCUAGCAACAAACAACGCGUAGUACUUAGCUAGUAACUAUACAUAUUUUAAUCCCAUUAGAUACUUAUAUUUUUAUAUCAUGUACAUAUGUUUGUGAUUAGUUUUAAUAUUUGCCUAUUUAUAUAUUUCUCUGUGAAAUACGCAAUUCAGUCUAAUGACUGCGAUGUAUUUGUGAAUAAACAGUCUAUCUAUCUAUCUAUCUAUCUUCACUGUUUUAUUGCUGAGUUUUUCUCUCUCCACUUGCUAUCCGCAUUAGCCAAAAUGCCAUCAGUGUUCUUUCUUGAUGAAUUCAGUUGCUAACAUGUUUCAGUCUCUGUGAGACAGUCUUACUGUGACUUAGUGUUUAGGGCCUGAAUAUCUGACUCAGAAUAGGAGAAAUUGUGUGAGAGUUUUGGGGCUAUUUGAGAAUCAGACCUUAUGCCCUGAAUGCAAGGAAAUAUCUCGAGGGAAGGCUAUAUUUUCCUGGACAUUCCAUCUUUCACUUGCUCAGCAUAAUCUUAUCUUGGUCAGUUUGCUUGUGUGCACAAACCUUCUCCUAUUUUAGUGGUUUUCUUUUGUUUUUCAGGGUUUGGUACAUGUUAAUGUUGCCACAUAGAUCAGGUUCCUUUUGUGUUUAAUAUGACUUGACUUAUUCAUCUGUUUACAAAAUCUUUUAUCCCUUAAUCAGUUAUUUAUCAAUUGAAAAUAUGACUUUUCUCUUAUAUUUAGGCUGCUCCUCUAAAUGCUGUCCAUAUUCCUAAAGACAAAGAAACAGGAAGAAAUAAAACCUUUGGUUUUGUCAGUUUAUCAGAGGUAGUCUCUGUACCCUUCACCAUCAGUCUGUUGAAUGGUAUCACAUUAUAUGGCAAACCAAUAACAGUUAAACAAGCUCAAGGGAAUACAAACUCUCCAUUAAAUCAAAGUGUAUCAAAUUCUGGUUAUGGAAUUUUGCCACCUAGAAUGUCUCCAUUUGAAAAUCAAAAUGGACAACUGAACAUGUUUUCAAGAUCAGGAAGUCAAAGUCCAAUGUCAGAUCUUUCACCAUUCAAUAGACAGCCAUUUUUUGACCAUCAUAACAGACAGAUGAGUGCGCAGUCCAGUCCAAUUCCUUUGAUAUCAUCACCUUCUCCUGUCAGAAGUGAGAUUGAAAGUAAUUCCAUGAAUUCUUAUACCCGGCCAAGAGGUCCAUGGGAUAUGAUGUCCCCAUGGCAACAGAAUGCAACAAGAAAUCAAAACUUUGGAAACUAUGGAUACCAUUCAACUCCUUCACAAGGCUCAGCUUACAGCCAGGGAACACCCCAGGCACAAGGACGAUGGAGAAGAUGAUAAGUAGAGAGAGAUAGUCUAGUGUGAGAAUUCAAAUUCAACAUUUUUUUUAUUUCCAUGGAACUGAUAAUAAUUUUAAACCAUCAAUGACUUGUGCAUUUAACAUUUCUGAGGAAAAUCGUAUAAAAUUAAUUCUGUCUAGGAAAGUGUCAAGCCAGCAGGCCCUAACCCCAGGAAUGGCUGGCAGUAUGACUAGUUUAACCCUUUAACUUCCAUAAGUGACCAAGACGGAAUUUCUCCUUGAAAAAUCAAUACAAUUUCUAGCAGAGAAGUGACGAAAAUAAAGAAAAAUAACCAUUAGGGGAUUACUAGUUGAUCAAAUACCAAAUUCUUCAAACUAACAUAAGAAUCGAUCGCUCUGACGAAGGGCUGGCGCUCGAAACGUCAGCCUUUUAAACUCUUUGUGGUGGCUAAUUUACAUUUUCAACUCAGUUAUACUCUCCCGCCAACGCAGCACUACAGUUUCUUUAGAAACUCACACCCUUUAACAUAAGAAUUGGCAGACAGUAACUAGAAUUAUUACUGAGAUCUAAGGAGUGAAAGGUUUAAAAAAAAAACCCUCUUGUCAGCCCUGACAGACUAAACAGCUAGGGCCUGUUUACAUGGAGGUGGGGGCGCUUAGCCGUGGUCGAAAAAUAAAACGCGUUUACAUGCAAUCUUACAACCCCGGGGUGCAGGGGUGUUGUUGCGCUUGCAAUUAAGGAGUUUGAGCAGAGGCGUCUCAAGCUCACAUCUCGAAAAAGACGAAAGAUUAAUUCUCGGACACAUAUGUAUUUAUUCAUGAAAGCGUCACGCGUUGUGUUACGCGGUGUUUGGUUUCGCGAGAAACCGUUGACUUAAUACGUUAUACGGAAUAGUUUGGGAAGCCAAAUAUGGUCGAUUUACAACGCUAAAUAUUCCGAAACGUGAACAUUUUACACUCCUUGCGGUUUCUGGUGAUUUCUGCCGUGAGACGGCUAGGAAAUGUACAAAGUUUUAAAACACGUUUCGCUUUUGAGCCUUUUUGCCAUGAACGCGACCCCGGCUAGGCGGGUUACCCCACCUUGACACGUUUACAUGGCAAAUUGUCAUCCCGGCUGAGAGGGUUACCCUACCUGGCACACCGGGCAACCCGCCUAGGCGGGUCACCCCACCCAUCAUGUAAACGUGAUCAAAAUAAAAUUAGAAAUUAUAUGGAUAGGCGAGUUACCUCACCUACCCGGGGUCCCCUACCUCCAUGUAAACAGGCCCUUAGUUUUGUUGUUAAGAAAUCCAAACACCCACACUUUUUUGGUAAUAUUCAGGACACUGGGGAAAAUUUGGCGAACCAGAUUAGUUGUUUUUAUUCUAUUGAUAUUGAUGAGCUACUCGUAAUAAUCUAAUCCCUUGGUGACUAAUAGAGAAAUUAUCAACCAAAAUUUUUAUCUCAAUUGUACCAAAAAAAAAAAAGUAUUUAAGACUAAGGUGCCUUCUGAAGCAGUGACCACUGCAACUUACAUUGUUUUCUGCCGGUGUAUGUAGCCAGGGACAUCAAACCAUCAAGAUUGUCUGUGCUCGGAUCAUUGCAUAAGAGCUCCCUAGCGCUCCUAUUAGGCCGAGAAGCAAGAGAGAGCUAGAAAACUAAUAAUUAACUAAUUUUUCUUUCCCUACGUCGCAUCCCCUCGUGAGAUGGAAAAAUUUGGGGAUGAGUCACUCAUUUUCUCUUUUCAAUUACAAUAAAAUUACCACGUGAGUGAAAUGUUUUGAAGUAGCUUCGUAGUUGAGCUUCAUCUCAGGAGCGGUGAAGGUGCGCACUUUUAAAACUUAAGUAAAACAAAGUCCUCUCAAACCUAAGGUUUAUUUAGAAUUGCUGCGCACCAAUAAUAUUAGCUUAGCGAAUACGUGGGUCUGUCUCUAAAUUAAAAUUCAAAACAGUUUGUUGAAUGACAGCAAAGUCACGAUUUUAAUGUUCUGAGCCUGAAUUAGAAAUGAGCUCAGUGCCGUGAAGCGAAAGCUGUAUUUCCUCUUACUCCUAACAAUGCUGAAGCACUUUCCGCAAAGUUUUAUAGGCGGAACAAUGCCUUAUCACUGCUGUUAGUUGGCCCUGACGAGUGAAAUACAAUUGUGCGACUUUUGAGGCAUCCCCCAGAAUGCAAGGUACAUUUACUUAAAGGUGUUUGAAAUUUUCCCAUUUUAUAGGUUAAAGUGAGUUUAACCAUAGCGCUUAUGGCAAAGGCAAACAGCGCAAAUAAACAUUUAACGAACACGCUUAAUCCUAAAAUGUUUUAAUCGAUG